GGCUGCGGCUGUGGGCAGCCGGGUCACAUUGCCGCCUUCCAACAAAGUGGGAUGGCGUAUCCAACUUAUGCACAUCAAGAUCCUCCUGUCAAGCUUCGCUUGCGCCGCCUGUUGCUUGAGUUGAAACCCCUGGAAGAAAAGUACUGGGAAGCACAGCAGCUGGUGCAGCAGAUGGCCGUCCAUGAAGUUGGUCUUUGGGUCCAAGCCAUCCUGGAGAAGCCUCUGCCAAUGCAGUGGAUGCACAAUCUGAGCAUUCACAUUCUUGGAGAACUUCUUCAGCGACAUCCAGCUAUUGUGACUUCUGAGUUCGGCAAGGUGAGAAAGAACGUCUCAUGGCUCUUCCCGGAAGACGGAGAUGUGGACCGCGCAGCGGCCUUUUUUCGAAAUCUCCUUUGGACAAAAGAGACCAUGGGCCAAAACCCGAAGAGUGAAGCCUCCACAUUUUCAAAGCUUUUGAUGAAACGUACGAAGCAAAACGACCUCUGCAAAGUGCCAGCAUGCACUGGGAGGGCUUGGUUGGUCCACAUUUGGAAGGAUGUGCCUUCCACGCGUCCGAGCCUAGAUUUGUUGGUGAGCUGUGUGGUGCGCUGGCUCGCAGACCCUUAUGAGACACAAGGAGCAAAAGCUGCCUGCUUGAAAGUUCUCAGCGAGGAAACGGCUCGACUUCGGCCUCCUGCAGAUUUGGAAACGUGGAUAAUUUCGCUGCUGUUCCAGGAGGUCUGUCGCCAUCCAAUGCAGCAUUCACCAGAUUUGCAGCAGCUUCUGUGCCUGCUCCAUGUUCCGCCGCACCCAUCAUCAGUGAGAUGUUUGCUCGGGUCUUCCCAGGAUCCGGGCUAUUUGAUGACCCUAUGGGGUUGCUUAUGCAACUGGUUGCCCCAGGCCCCUUGGAUGUCAGGGCAAGCUUGUGAAGCUUGGUGCCGGGCCGGACCGCCUCCGCUAUAUGCAUUGCUUCGUGCGAUGCUGGUGGCCUUCUCCCAGCUGCCGGACUCCAGGAAUUUAUGCCGCUCAGCCAUUAUGGCUUUGGCUGCGUUGGGAACAAGCAGUUCAAGCAUUUCCACCCAGGCGCCUGCCUUGCUGCUUAUGCUCUUUCAUGAUGGGCCUGUACUUCCAGCAGAGGUGUGGAUGCCUCUCUUGCCUCUUUUGGACUAUUUGUCCCAGUUUUCAGAGCAGGCGGUAGAAUUGGGCACCAGAUUGCGUUCAUUGGCGAGUGGAGGAUUCUGGACUGCACCACGCUUGGGAGGGCAGAUGGCCAGUCCGCCAAAUGGACAGAUGCAGGCUCAGUUAGCCACUUUUCAGACCGCGCCAGGCGCAACUUGGAGCCAAUGUGAACGAAACCAAAUUGGAAUCCAUCAAUGUCACCAAGCACACGGUCAAGGGUGGCCGCAGGAAUACCAGACAUGCCACCCAGCUCCGCCAAAACAAGCGCAGGGGGCACAAGGCUGCAUGCAACCGUUCACAACACAAACAGAGUUUCGCACAUUACCCCAACAGACAUCAAAAGCAGUGACGCACAGGCAGCCCAGUGUUGGACUGCAAAACACCAACAACACCUGCUACAUGAACAGUUUCAUGCAGGCGCUCUUCCUCACUGACGCCUUUGUAUGGCGCAUCUAUGACUUCACCCUGAAGCUGAAAGCCAAGGCAUCCAAAAUUGACGAGGAGGACUUUGAGUUCGGAAAGAAAGUAGUGGAGUUGCUUCAAAAGCAGUUCGCCAAAAUGGCAUUGACAAAACACCAGCAUACGGACAUUUGGGACAUCCUGCAGGCAUUUCCUGCAGACUAUCGCUCCGGUGAGCAACAGGAUGUGACCGAGACGAUUCGUUUCGUGUUUGACAAACUUGGUGGAAGCGACCAAGAUUUGCUGAGGGAAGUCUUUGCAGGCCAGCUGCAAGAGAAAAUUCAGUGUCGGGAGUGUGGGAAGAUCAAGGUUCGCGAGGAGACCUUUACAGAUCUGGUGCUUCCCGUGCCCACUGCAGAGCAGGCCAAAGAGAGUGGCAUCGUGCCAACCAUGCAGAAGCUUCUUGAGGAGCGCUUGAAGUGUGAGGAGAUGGACGACCCAAACAAUCUGGUCACCUGUGAAAAUUGCCAAAAGAAGACAUUCGCCGUGAAGUGGAGCGAAAUCACUCGACCACCACCACAUCUCUGCCUAUGCCUCAAUCGCUUCACCUUUAACAUGCAGACCUACGACUUUACCAAGGAGAAGACCCCGGUGAAGAUAGAUGAGGGCUUGUGGAUUGGCGGCUACGAAUAUGAGCUGUACCAUACGAUAAUUCACACCGGCAAGGAUGCUUCGAGUGGACACUACUAUGCUAUGGGAAGAAGAUCGGAGCCCACGGUCAGUGGAGAUUGCGCAUUCUACACCAUGGACGACUCCCAGAUCAAAGAAGCUGAUGUCUCCCUCUUGGCAGGGAACCCUCCCGAGAAACUUUUGGAUGACAACGCAUAUGUUCUUUUCCUCCGGUGCAAGCAGGCGCCACCUACCCCUGAAUUUCGAAUCCCCUUGUCUCUUGUAGAGUAUGUAAAGAAGCAAGACAAGAAGCAAUGAGUAGAGCCGAACCAGUUUGGCGACUCGCUGUGUUUCACAGCCUCCUCUAGUUUAAUCUUUGGUGAGGCUCCUUUGGCACAAUGCACUGUAAAUCUUGAGAUAUCCAUCCAUCUCCUAUCCAACGGCG